AUGUCAUACACCUCCUACUCGGAGGCGCGCAUGUCGCUGCACUCCAAGGCCUCGCAUUCCAAACCGCGCAAAUCCAUGCGCGCUCCCGUGCGUGAAAUCGCCUUCCGACCCGAAUCCAUCGCCGCCGCCAAAACCACGCUCGUCCUACGACCACACGGCAACGCCGCCUCCAAUGCCGCCUACCUCAUCACCACCGAGGACCACAUUCCCGUAUACACGGUCUCAGGUCGCAAAUCCGGAGACCGCGUCUGUCGUGAAUUCUACGACCCGUCGGGACUACCGCUCUUCGAGCUGCACACCAAGACGAUGCUGGGCCGACCGUUGUCGUGGUUCAUCACGAUGCCCGGGGGCGGAUCGGAUAUGAAGAUUGCAGAGGGCCAGCCGCGCUGGGCGGGGACGCAGAAGUCGAUGGUGUUUUCGUUUCGAAAUAUGGCGGCGGUGGAUAAUAAGAGGGAGGAGGAGAAGAAUAUGAGUUUGCUGGUGACGUCGACUGGACAGGUAAUGGCGCGGUACGAUAUUAUUGAUGGGGAUCGGAGAAUUGCUGGGGUGAAUGAGAGUAUUCAUCAUAACGAGACGCUGGCUUUGAUGCCGCAGUCUCGGCGCAAGAGUCUUCGACCGGCAAUGGAUUUGACGGUGGUGCCGGGAGUAGAUACUUUGUUGAUCGCGGCAAUUGCAGUCAUCAUGUUUGAGUGGACGUAUGGUGCGGAGUGA